AUCUGGUCAGAUGUUGAUGUAUCUGUUGAUAUUACUUAAAUAUUUCUACUGCCGUGUUUGUGUGUUUUUCCUGUGUGUGUGUGUGGUAACAGACCUCCUGCCCGUGCUGAGGAAGCGUGUUUGUGUGUUUUUCCUGUGUGUGUGUGGUAACAGACCUCCUGCCCGUGCUGAGGAAGCGUGUGUGUGACGUGCGUUGGGAGGUUCGAGACUCCACUCUAGAGUUCCUCGGCCAGCUGUGUGCGUGUGAGGCGUUGGCCUGCACUGUCACCCCUAUCCUGCUGGGGGCGCUGUGUGAUCAGGAGAGCUAUGUGAGGGCUAGUGCCAUCUCUGCCCUGGCCAGGACUCUACCGCUACCACUCAGCGGCCUGCAGGGGGAGGCAGGGAACCAUACACAGGUAAGGCUCUGGCCUACACAGUUAAUUUACUGUAUAACGGAUGACUUUUAUACUAUUCCAAGUCUUCCUUAAAGAGGUGGGGUUUCAAGUGUCUCCGGGAAGGUGGUCAGUGACUCCGCUGUCCUGGCGUCGAGGGGGAGCUUGUUCCACCAUUGGGGUGCCAGAGCAGCGAAUAGCUUUUAUUUAUUUUUAUUUGUGGGACAACUCGAUAGACGAUAGUAGUCACACUAAAGUCAACACUUCUAAGGUAAGAUAUAUAUAUAUAUAUAUAUAUACAGUGCCUUCAGAAAGUAUUCACACCCCUUCACUUUUUCCACAUUUUGUUGUUUUACAGCCUGAAUUUAAAAUGGAUUAAAUUGAGAUUUUCUUUUUUUAACAAGUCACAUAAUAAGUUGCAUGUGACAGGAGAAAACAGAACAAUAGCCCAUAAUAUCAAAGUGGAAUUAUGUUUUUUUUUUUGAAAAUUGUUCAAGAAGUAUUCAACCCCUUUUGUUAUGGCAAGCCUAAAUAAGUUCAGGAGUAAAAAUAUGUUUAACAAAGUCACAUAAUAAGUUGCAUGUGAUAGGAGAAAACUGAGGAUGGAUCAACAACAUUGUAGUUACGCCAAAACAUUGCAUCCUGUUUGCAACAAGGCACUAAAGUAAUACUGCAAAAAAAUGUGUUAUGUUUGGGGCAAAUACAAUACAACACAUCACUGAGUACCACUCUCCAUAUUUUCAAGCAUAGUGGUGGCUGCAUCAUGUUAUGGGUAUGUUUGUAAUCGUUAAGGACUGGGGAGUUUUUCACGAUAAAAAUAGACGGAAUAGAGAUAAGCACAGGCAAAAUCCUAGAAGAAAACCUGGUUCAGUCUGCUUUCCAACAGACACUGGGAGAUUAAUUCACCUUUCAGCAGGACAAUAACCUAAAAACACAAGGACAAAUCUACAACUGGAGUUGCUUACCAAGAAGACAGUGAAUGUUCCUGAGUCGCCGAGUUACGGUUUUUACUUAAAUCUGCUUGAAAAUAUAUGGCAAGACGUGAAAAUGGUUGCCUAGCAAUGAUCAACAACCAAUUUGACAGGGUUUGAAGAAUUUUGAAAAUAAUAAUGGGCAAAUGUUGUACAAUCCAGGUGUGUAAAGCUCAUAGAGACUUACCCAGAAAGACUCACAGCUGUAAACGCUGCCAAAGGUGAUUCUAACAUGUAUUGAUUAUUUAUUUUUUAAACAUGUUUUCACUUUGUCAUUAUGGGGUAAAUACAUCCACUUGACAAAAAGUCCCCCCCCCCCCGUGUCACAAUGGGAUUCCAUAAGCUAUUAGCGACCGUUGCUAUAUCAACGGUGUGACGACCGAACGCUCCCAAUUCAAAAUGUCCUUUUCAUCCCAGCUAUGUAAACAAAGCUGAUUUCCUCGACCAUUUCACUGCAAGUUUGGUUAAUAAGAUGAAAACAUGACUUCAAAACUACUUCUGGGUACCUUGGUAACAUUUCAACAUCGUGAAAUCAAUGUCUUAAACGUUGCUACGUUUCUGAAAUAGCAAAGAAAACGUGUAAUCUGCUUGACACAUGAAUGUUGCUUACCUUACAGGUCACAGUCCGGCUCCGUUGGAAAGUCCUGCAGUCAGCAUGCCAAUUGCACACUCCCUCAAUUUGAGACAUCUGUGGCAUUGUGUUGUGUGACAAAACUGCACAUUUUGUCCCCAGCACAAUGUGCACCUGUGUAAUGAUCAUGCUGUUUAAUCAGCUUCUUGAUAUGCCACACCUGUCAGGUGGAUGGAUUAUCUUGGCAAAGGAGAAAUGCUCACUAACAGGGAUGUAAACAAAUUUGUGCACAAAAUUUGAGAGAAAUGCGUAUGGAAAUUUCUGGGAUCAUUUAUUUCAGCUCAUAAAACAUGGGACCAACACUACAUGUUGCGUUUUAUAUUUUAGUUCACUAUAAAUAAAACUGUCUAGCUAGCUGACUAGGCAGGCUGAGCUAAAUAAGUAGCAAUGUCAAUCUAAAAAUAUUUUUAUUUAAUUAUUUAUUCCUAUUUAACAGUAUUUACAAAUAUAUGGUAAAGAAAGAGUGUUGUCUUUUCUGUCUUUUGAGGACUUCUGCAGCAGUAUGUAGUCCGCAGGUAGUCACCAUUUAAAAACACCGUCCUUUGAGAGCGAUUCUGCGGUAAUACAUUUGUGCGGACUGGGCGAGCGCUUAUGAGGUGUUCUAGAACUGCCCGCGUCCUCCGCGAGGUAAAACAGAUCCAAGCAACCAGCAUAGCAACGGACGCUUUGGUUCAUUACGGCUGCUGAAAAGGCUGUAAAAAGGCUUCGAAAGGCUGAAAUCGCUUGGUGAGGUGUUGUGCUAAGGUUGUUUACUGUUGUUACAAGGGGUGUGUGUUCUCCCCAGGAGGAGGCCGUGAGUCAGUUAUAGUUAAUUGUGCUUACUGUGUGUUCUCCCCAGGAGGAGGCCGUGAGUCAGUUACUAGACAUCCUCUCUCAGGAUUCAGAGGGCUUCGCCAGACGUGCUGUGGUCCAGUUCUUCAUCAGCUGGCUAAAGACACACCCAUCAUCAUCCUCCUCCUCCUCCUCCUCCUCGCUGCGUUCUGUCCUAUCGCUGGGCAGCACUGACCUGGACUGGGAGGUCAAAGUUCACACCCUGGAGCUGGUUGACGACCUGAUGGAGGAAACACUUCCAGGUCACCAGGAGACAGAGCUGUGGUCAGCUCCUCCCCACUACGGUGGCUCUGGAGGGACAAACCUACUAACACACACUAACCACACACACCCUUACGCUGUGGCGCCAAACCAGCCCUCAGCCCUUCUCACACACACCCCGACUGACACACACACCCCCCACACACACGCAUCUGUAGUGUGUGGUCUGUCUAGGUUGGUAGAGCUAGGUGUUGUAACAGCGUUACUGAACGGCCUGUUUGACUGUGACAGACCUGUAGCUUUAAAAGCCUGUAGUCUGUUGCUACGACUACGAGACAUGGUGUGUCCCCGGUCGCUAGGGAAAGGCGCUAUGACGACUGACGACGCCACGGCAACAGUUGCCAAGGUGACUUUUGACCUGAGGGGUCAGGUUUGGGGGCGGGAGGUCAUGAGGAAGUUACAGGAGAAGAGAGGAUCUGAUUGGGUUAGAGAGUCCAGGGAAGUAGGUUGUGAUAGGCUGAACAGGAACAGAGUUUCUGAUGGGACAGACGGGGCUGGUUCCGAAGCCUGUGAUAGGGUGACAGGGAAGAGUGUGUGUGAGGGUAGUGUGACGGUCUGUGAGGUGCUGUGGUGGUUGGGUCUGGAGGAGAGACGGAGUGUGUUAUCUCAGAGUAGUGACCACGUCCAGAACUCACCUCUCUCUUUACUGCAGGACAUCUGA